UACACACAGCGGUGGCGGGAGAGAGCAGGACGGAUAUUAACCAACGUUUAAAUACUUUAAAUAGCGUCGAAACAAAGGAAGAUACGUAGGAAUAGGUUUGGAAUUGUUUGUAUUUUCUGGAGGAAAGCGCAAAGAUGGGGGACUUCGGAGUUUAUGCGGUUUUUGGGGUGAACGGUCCGCCUCAGAAGCUGCUGAGUGCUCAAGGGUCGUGCAGGGUGGCUGUUGCAGUUCCUUCGACUGUCCGCCAGGUGGUGCUGUUCAGCAGCGGCCCGUGGGGGGACAGAGUCUGCGUCAACGCGGAGCUCAACGACGCUGAUCGGAUCCCCAUCACCAUCGGAAAACUGACUCCUUACAACAAGUGUCUGUCCUGGGAGCAGUGGGAAGAGGAGACGUGGACGGACAGCGUCACACUGAAUGUCUCUCUGGAGGGAUUGAACCUGACGACAGCAGAUUGGAGCGAACCAGAGCUCAUCCUGGCUGUGAAGGAGUACACACCAAAGGACGCCGCUGCUCCCCCGACAGCCCGAGACCUCAAAGGCAAGAGGAAGAGGGACGAAGGAGAAGACGAGGACAACAAGGUGAACAAGACAGGAGAAGACGAGAACACGUGUCCAAAUGGCGCCGUGGAGAAAACCACACCUGUGCGAAAGGCCAAAGGUCAAACCAAAGGCCGCCAGAAGCUGUUUGGUAGUGGAGCAGCUAAUGGAGCAGGAGAGACGCAGGGGAUUGUGGGAAGAACGCCUCCUCAGAGCGCAGCCAGGACGAAGAGUAGGCAGGCCAAGACUCCCACACACAGCGCUCCUCUGCUCAGCCCGUCGGGUCGCUGGGGUCAGACUUUAUGUCCCAUCGAUGCUCAGACGGCAAUUCUGAUUGGAGGGCAGGGAGCCAGGAUGCAGUUCUGCAAAGAUCCCAUGUGGAAGCUCUGCACGGAGGACUUGUCCUGGGUGGCUGCAGAGACUCUGGCAGAGGGUCCGACUCCCGAGGCCAGGAUCGGUCACACGGCCGUCUACGACCCCGACACCAGACGGAUCUUUGUGUUCGGAGGCUCCAAGAACAAGAAGUGGUUCAAUGAUGUUCACAUCCUGGACACGCAGAGCUGGAAGUGGACCAUGGUGGAGGCUCAAGGUAAGGUUCCUCCCCUGGCCUACCACAGCUGCAGCAUGUUUCGGGGGGAGCUCUUCGUGCUGGGAGGGGUGUUUCCUCGGCCCAACCCGGAGCCCGACGGCUGCAGUGACUCGCUGUAUAUCUUCGACCCUCAUCUCUCCAUCUGGUACCAGCCCAUCGUCACAGGAGACAAACCCUCACCCCGCUCAGGCCACUCUGCAUGUGUGAUGCAGGAGAGGAAGAUCUACGUGUUUGCUGGGUGGGACACUCCUGUCUGCUACAAUGAUAUGUACAUGUUGGACCUUGGUCUGAUGGAGUUUUCUGCCGUCAAAACAAGUGGGAAAGCCCCUUCUCCUCGAAGCUGGCAUGGCAGCGCCGUGCUCUCAGACACAAAGUUCCUCAUCCACGGCGGCUACAACGGAAACAACGCCCUCAGCGACGCCUUCGUCUUUGAUAUCGACACCAACAGCUGGACGGAGGUGACGCUCCCCCAGCUGUCCGCGCCCAGGGCGGGCCACUCCAUCAUCACCAUGGAGACAGCCGGUCGCCGCCGUUUCCCAGAGGACGGCGAAGACGCGGACGCCGGCUCCGUCGGCAGAACUCUGCUGGUGUUCGGAGGCGGAGACAACGAGGGCAACUUCUACUCCGACCUGACGACUGUCGCUGUGGAGGAGCUGCUCGGUGCUAUUUAAGGAGGGUGAGUCAGAGGUGAAUCCUCACUGCCUGACUGGAUGUGAAGCUACUUCGACUCCCCCACACCUGCCUUUAUUAUUUAUAUACUUAGAGGGUUUUUUUGUUGUUGAAUGUGCCCUUUCUUUUACAGCUAUGUGCUUCGAAAGGUUUAUUUGUGAAAAUCAUCUACAUAUAAUGCUAAUAGAGAUCUCAAAAGCCGAGCUGCAUUACUGCUUUUUAAAAUCCAAUAAAACAGAGAGAUGUUGUCUGAUUCAUAAAAACCAUCCUCUUGAUUCAAAACAUCAAGUAAGUUAAUUUUAUGUACAUAUGUUUAAAGCUUCUAUUUUUUUCUCAGGUAAAACUUUUGUUUCGAUUCUGUUGUCUUCUCUGUUUAUGAACAAAUGAGACCUUUAGUGCUAAUUUGGAACAUGGUACCUCCAGAUUGCUGCAUCACCUGUAUUCUAUCAUGUUCAGUCACAUUUUGUAUUCGUCAUCUCAGUGAAAACCAAAAUCUCAGUUCCUGUUGCUGUGCUGUUGCGCUUCUGUUCUUGUUUAAUAAACGUUUGCCUUUAGAGCAGAAUCUUCCUUUAA